UCGUUAUGUUGUGAAUGGCAAACAGCUGUUAGGCGCACCGCAUUUUAAGUUUAUUUUGCUGUUUUCUUCAAAAAUAAAAAGAAAAUCACACAAAAAUGCGGAUCACACAGUUUCUGGCGAGUAAAUUAAAGAACUUCUCCAACCUGCCCAAGGAAUACAUAGAGCGCAGCAAAAAGCAGGUGUAUUGGCAAACGCCGAAAGAAGCAAAUUAUCUUCCACGUACCGUUGAACGCAAGCGUUAUCGCUACACCACAAAUCGUUCAUGGACUGGACACUUCAGGCAACAAAAUAUGCCCGGCACUUCCCGGCGCAAAGUCUUCGUGGAGCCAAUUGAGGACUGGAGCUUCUUUCGCGGCGAUCGCAUUGAAGUGCUCGUGGGCAAAGACAAAGGCAAGCAGGGCAUUGUCACCCAAGUGAUUCCCGAGCGUAACUGGGUAAUUGUCGAGGGCAUCAAUUGGCAUUAUCGACGAGUUGGGGCCGAAAAGGAAUUCCCCGGCAUAAUCAUUAAGUCCGAGUCUCCACUUAACGUAACCAAAGACAUUCGUCUGGUCGAUCCCUCUGAUCUGCAGGGCACCGAUUUCGAAUGGCGUUUCACCGAGGAAGGCGAAAAGGUUCGCGUCUCAAUGCGUUCGGGUCGUAUUAUCCCUAUUCCGGAGACAAACAAUCAGACCUACGACUACAAGACUCCCAAUGCGUACAUAGAGCGGGAGAAGGACACAACAGCUGCUGUUGUGGGUGAGAUUACCUUCCAGCCAAAGUUGGCCACCUUCGAAAUGGACAUUAUGGAGGAGAUGGGCAUCAAGGAAGAGCGCACGCCGGCCAAGAGCUAUUGGUACUAAUAGCAUAACUUGUUUGUUUGUUUAAAUAAAUAUA